AUGACUGUCGAGAACCCUUAUGAUUAUCUCAACACGGUGAACCUGAUCACACAAUGUCUCUGCAUUCCGAUUGUGACCAUCUUUGUGGUCACGCGGUUCGCCAUCCGCACAUACUACAAGCAGUUUGUUGGCGUUGAAGACAUGGGCAAGUAUGGCGGCGGGUACCACAUCGACGACGUGUCUGCCACGCAUCAGAUGCUAUUCCGAAAGUACUGCUACAUCGCCACGGUCCUCUACUGUCCCAUGGCCCUCCUCACCAAGGUCGCCCUCCUCUCCAUCCUCAUCCGGAUCUUCGCGCCCUACAAAUCCAAGAUCAUCUUCAUCUAUGUCUUCCUCGGCUGUCUCGGAAUCUACUACACCGUCGCGGAGGUGGUGAAAAUCCGCAUGUGCGACCCCGUUCCCGCCUACUGGGACCAACGCAUAAAAGCCUCCUGCCUGGACCAGCGCGCCGCGCUCAUCGCCGACUCCGUCAUCAGUGUGGUCAGCGAUCUGAUCAUCCUUCUCCUGCCGCUGCCCUUGACGUGGUCGCUGCAGAUGUCGCGCAAUAAGAAGCUGCGAGUGGUGGGCAUGCUCUCUGCCGGAGGGCUGGCCACCGCAUUCAGUAUCUACCGACUGGUGCUGGUGCUGCAGGAUGGUAACUCGGCAGACCAAACGGUGAUGUUUACCUGCGUCAUCCUCUCUGGCAACGCGGAAGGAGGCGUCGGACUGAUCUGCGCGUGUCUCCCGACUUUCAACAUUGUGAUUCGCAAGCUGCGGUCGAAAGCCUACAGCUCGAACCGGUACUACCAGCCGGAGUCGUCCGUGCCCCUCAGCAAGAUGAAAGCCAGCGCAGGGAAAGGCUUCUCGAUGGUUUCCAAACCCGACCACGACUUCGGGUCCGAUCAAAGCCACCUGAUCACCUACGCCGGCACGGUCGACAUGGGCAGCAGCGCAGGCGGCGUGGCGGGAUCGCCGGACACCAACGGCAUCCACAUCCACAAGACGGUGGACGUGUCGCAGACGGUGGAGGUGGUGGACGAGCAUGACCAGGAGCAGGGGCGGGUGUCCUCGGGGUCAGGGUCUGAUCGUCACCGAAGAUACUGA